AUGAAGCAACUGCUCACCGUUUUCGCCGCCGUUUACGGCGCCGAAGAAGGUAGUGACCGUGGGUACUACGGUCCCAGCUAUCAAUCGGGCUACCAGAAGCCUUAUCAAAAGCAGCCCUACAAGGAAACCUACCAGGCUUCCAAUUACAAGCCCAAUCCAGGUUAUCAGAAUCAGGGGACAUAUGUUAGUCAGCCAGGUUAUGGACAAGCCACAGGAAAAUGCGCUGUUCCUCCAGCAAAGGGAGGUUACUGGACUUGCCGAUUAAAGCUCGCGCGAAAACGUCGAGAAGGCGAAGAAGAGGGUGAUGAUAGAGGAGCAUAUGUCAAUUACAACGGCUACGUAAAGGAAUGUUCGCUCACCUGUCAUCCCGGCUGGGAGCUUGUCGGCAGUGCCACAGCCGAGUGUAACUCUCAAACUGGGUUCUGGUACAACAGUGCAAGCGGUUACUGCAAGCAACUCGUAAAAUGUACAGAUUUAACGGCUGUCUACGGAUCAUACACGUGCAGUGGAGAUAUUUAUAACCGAAAGUGUACAUUGAAAUGCCCAAGAUACUGGUUCUCGCGAACUGGAGUCAAUGAGUUCGAAUGCACUGAAGGAAGAUGGAACGGAAACUCCGAUUGCGAAUUUGUGAAUAAAUGCCAAGAUCCACCACGAGGAGAAAACUAUGCUUAUCAAUGCUCAAUUCAACCUUGCCAGCAGUACGAUCCGUAUGAUCAAUAUUUACCAUCAAAUGCUCCCCCAUACAAUCAGCAGUAUGUGAACAAGUACAAGCAGCAAGCUAAUGCAUACGUCAGCAAAAAUCCUUACAAAAAGAGUCCUAUCCCCAUUUCUGCUUAUACAGAAGCUGAUAAGAAGCGAAAGAAUAAGAAGAACAACCAGAAUAAAGGUCGACGCCGAAGAGAAGAAGAAGACGAGGCUCAAGACCGAAGCGCCUGGGACGAUGAAACUGAAGAAAACAGCUACAGAGGGUACAAUGAUCCUUACCAAGUCGGUAGCCCUUACAGUUACCCCGGUCCAGAUCUUUGCUACGUCUGUUACCUAAAAUGUGACCCUGUCCAUCGAGCAACUGCUGGUUACAGAGCUCAGUGCUCGUUGUCUGACGGAAAAUGGUUUGAAAAGGCUAUCGGAACUUGCAAUUUCGAGCAUUAUUGCUACUGGCCAUCUGCUGGCCCGAUGGGUUACUACCAGUGCUACGAUAAUCUUCUUAAUCUUGGGUACUAUGAUCAGGGACACUCUCUCAUUCCUCAACCAGGAUCUGCUUACGUCGGAGGAUACGGCAGCAAUUAUGGAAGUGCGUACCCUAACAAAAAUUAUGGUAGCUCUUACGGAAAGCCAUAUUCUAACCCACCAUAUGGUCGAAAGCGAAGAGAGGGAGAAGAUGAAUCUGAACCGCAAGGCGAGGAAGUAUCAGGCCGAGGAUAUUAUGGAGGCGGUUAUGGAAAUAGCUACAGCGGCCAAACUACUGUCAAGGUCACUCAGACAUCAACCAAGGUGACAAAUGUCCAGCAGACAACCGUCGUUGUUAACUAUGCCUGGUGGGAUGCAAAACUUACUUGUCGAAUCUUCUGCGCUCGAUUCCACAAGCCAAAGAAUGGCCAAAAAGAAGCAAAAUGUUCGCUCAAGACGUCAUACUGGAGCCCCGGACCAACUCAAUGUGUUUACUCUUCUCCAUGCCGAACUCCUUCCACACCUUAUGGUGUCUUCCAGUGUUGGGAACAGACUAUCCCAGAAGAUGAUGAUUACAGUUACACCCGAACGGACUCCUUCGAAAAGGGUGAAUUUGCUCGAAAACGUCGAGAAACAAACGGCACCGAGGAAAUGUCAUCUGAAGACCUCUUUGAGCUCGAAUCAGAUGACUUCUACACCGGUGUUGAAGAUUUCGAUCCAUUUUCCCACGAAAAACAAACUAUUGUUGGCCGUGGAAAGAAAUGGGGUGUUCCAAACGCGCCUGAAGUUGACAAGUCAAAAUGGAACUUCUCUGUCAAAAAAGAGUGCGUCCUCUCUUGUAACGACUGCUACAGCCCAACAACCCAGCGAGCGGUUUGCAUCAAUGGUGUCUGGCUUGAGAACUACAAGCCAGGAAAGUGCAAUCACUGGCGACACUGCCCAGACGAACCAUGGUGGGAUCAAGGACAAGGUCAGUGGGAUUGCAAAGAUGCCGGAAAAUUCCGAACUUGCAACCUUCGAUGUCGACGAUUCUACAUCGGUGCUCCAAUUGUUCCCGCACUUGCUCCUCCACCAAAUUACAACCCAAUGCAAGGACAAGGGGGUGCUCGAUGCAAGCCAAUUCAUGAACUUGACAAUGGUUGGUGGCAAUGUAAGACUGAGAAGAAACCAUACACAUGCCGAGUUAUGUGUAAUCAAGGAUUCGUGCCAUCUACUGAUGCUCUCCUUGAGGCUACUUGUGAAAACGGCCAGAUGUUCCCUUCAAUGCCUAAAAAGAAGACCGCAUGGGGUUGCGUCGCUGGCGCCUGUGAUCCCGAUAAAUUCGGCGCUUCCUGUUGGGGACAUGGUGACGCUUGGGGCGAGUUUAGCAGCUAUCUCCACACUGUCGGUGUCAAUGCCGGAUACGAAGGCAGCUAUGGUGAUAAGAGCUACGGCUCGAGUUACGGACGAAAGAGACGAUCCGAAGGUGAUGACUACUGGGAAUAUGACGAGGACUAUACUGACGGAAGUAGCACUGACGGUUUCGGUCGAAGCUACUCUUCUGGCAAAGGCUAUUCCUCGCAAUAUCCAGCAGGAUACAACCCAAUGAUCUCCCUGACAUCCAAGUGCGAUAACUGCAACGGACAGUGGGAGAAUCAAGUUCAUUGUAUUUUCAACACUCGAUGUCUUGAUGUUCCACCGAGAAUCAACAAUGCUUACGUCGAAUGUCAGAGAAUCAUCGAGGAAACAGAGAAUAAACGAAGCACAAUCACUACAGAUAACCACGUUUGCAUGGUUCAAUGUCAUGAAAAUUAUGCUAUCCAACAAGGAUCGUGCCAAACAGCGCCUGCCAGCACUAAGGGAGGAUCUAAAGGAGGAAGAGGUCGACGACAAGCUUAUCCCAACCAAUAUGCUGGAUCUUACAAGCCAAAUUACGCUGGAUCUUAUAAGCCUGGAUACGGAGCGUCUUACGUCGGAUCUUCUUCUCAGUCUGUUUCCUAUUCUCAAACUCACUCCACAAGUGGAUAUAGCACUUCCUAUGGAUCAACGGACUAUCACAAGAUUCCAGUCAAGUAUGAAAAUAAACCCUACAAUACUGUCGGACAAGUGACCAUUCAACACGAAGAAGAGGUUGAAUACUACGAUCCAGAACAACCAGGAGCUAUGCGAUGCAACGCUGAGUCCGGCGAAUGGGAUUCGUGGUGCAAGUGCGAAUGGAACCUCAAAUGUGAAAAGCCAGAAAAACCAAAUGCAAAGUACGACUGCUGGGAAGAGGAUGGUAUGACAGUUUGCCAGCUUACAUGCAAGGGCAACGGUCAAUUUGUCCCCGCCAAAUGGUCGGACACUUGGAAAUUCUCCUGCAAGCGUGGUAUCUGGAUCGGAAAGGAACCACAGGGCUGCAAGUACGAACCUCCAUGUGAAAAAUACAAAGUUUCACAAGCAAAAAUGACUAACUGCAAGAAAGAGCGAUGUCAGGCUCCACUUGCUGUUUACCAAGAGAAGAUGCCUGGACAGCGAUUCUACGAAGGAGCUUCUUACGGUGGACCUUCACCCGGACAAUAUGCUGCCUCAACUCAAUAUGCUAACUCACCAUACUCAAGCACCAAAAAGGGACGAAAGCGACGAGAGACUGAAGAUGAAGAAUACGAAGGAACUGUUGAGGUCGACGAAGAUGGCGAUUUCAUGACAUUCAAAUACGUUGAUGGUGUCCCAGUUAUGGAUCCAGUUGAUUCUUACGAAGGUGAAGAUGCUGGAGAACCAGAACCAUACAUGGAAGACAUCGACUACGAUGAUCAAGACGAAGAAUCACGAUUCGGCCGAACUGACUUGGGCGAAGAACGAGGCAAAAUCAAAAAGAAUCAAAAGAAGAAACAAAGCAGCACUAAAAAUUCUGUCACAUAUUCUGGAUUCGGAACUUGCAUGUCUCGACGACGAGUCUCAUACGGUUGGAUUCACUGUUACGCAUCUGGUGCAUACAACCCUGUUCAUGGCUACGAAAAGCCAAUUUAUUAUGGAAAAGGCUAUGAUUCUAGCAAGUACAACACUUACAAGCAACAAGUUUCAUACGGUUACAUCAAGGCCGUCGAUACCUCUAAUGGAGAUAUGACCUACGGCAAGCCAGGAGCACCAGCUAAAAAUAACUACUAUGGUCAGCGAUUAACAGCCAAGAAGGAAUGCGAAGCUGAAAUCCUUAUGCCAAAUGGACAUUUGGACUGCCGAGAAGUUGGUGAGAGCUCCGUCUGCAAACUCAGAUGUGAUGCUGAUCAUACACCGGCUCAAAUGAACCAGUAUGCCUCCUGCACCGACGGUGAAAUCAGCCAACAGCUUUCUUGUGUUGCUGGAUACUGUGAUGAGUACACAUUUGGUGACUCUUGCUUCAACGUUACUGUGAACGCAGAUGAAGACGCUGAAGAGCGACGUCGACGAGAAGCAGAAGGAUCAGGCGAUGACGAACCAUCAUACAGAGAUUCUGGUUUCGAUAGUGCUGAUGAGGACAUGAUGGUUCUUUAUGAUUCUGAUGAAGAUGAAUCUGUUCAGCGAUCCCUUGCUCGAACAUAUUCGACGGCUAAACCCGUUGCUCAACCCGGAGCUACUGCCUACUGUCAGUUAAUCUGUGAUAAGAAUUCGUACCCACAGGGACAGACCCAUUUCGAAUGUAAUUCCGCUACUGGUGCUUUCACGCCGUCUAUCAUGGGCUGUAAACGAGACGCUCCUUUGACCAAGAUUACCGAGGAAGUCAAAAAAGUCGUCAACGGUAAUGUUUGGACUACAUGCACUGUUUGCGAUGUCAACUGCAAGAACUUCUACGUUGGUGGUGGUCAUGCUAAGUGUGUAAAGGGCUACUGGUUCGAAGAACCAACAUGCGAGAAGUACACUCCAUGUGCCAAACCAAACAAUCCUGCCCAUGGAGAAUACACUUGUGUCUACGAGCACGAAUGGAUGCCUGUUCAGACAAAUGGUUAUCAAGCCAUUCCAAACACACCAUAUGGUGGCUACAAUGGUGGUGCCUAUCCACAACCUGGAGGGUACUACAAUCCUUAUCCCGGCCGAAAGCGUCGAUCUGGUAACGAAACCGAAACUGAAGGCUCUGGUGAAGAAGAAGAAGAUCAAAAAGAAAAGCCUAAAAAGAAGAAGGAAGCUUCGCCAUGGAGAGGUGAUGUCUGGGAAGGUAACGAAGACACCUACGAAGGAAAUCUCCGAUCUCUCGAAGAUAGCCUGGAAAACAUGGGCCUCAAAUCAAUGGACGGUUACAGAUGGGAAGAUAUGGCCAGCAAGAAAAUGCUUUGCUCUCUUACAUGCGAGCCUGGAUACACGGCUGUUCAGCCUGUAUCAAUUUGCGUUGACGGAACUUGGGUUAUCCCACCAUCUUAUUGCAAGCAGGACUACAAAUGUCAACCUCCAUCACGAGAUCCCUUCGGACAGUGGUAUUGCCGAGUUGAACAGGUCGGUGGAUCAUACUACAGUUCUGGAGGAUAUGGUGGCGCUUACAAGCCAACAUAUAGCUACAAACCAUCUGGAUAUGCAAGCCCGAGCUCUUAUCCAAGCCCGCCUGCUUAUGGAGCUCCAAGUUAUCCAAAAUCCCCAGCUUAUGGCCGACGACGACGAGCUGUCGACAAACAUGGUUUCAGCGAAGUCAUUGAUCAAGAUGAACAAUCUGACCGAGACUCUGGAAUCGAUUACGAGUUCUCUGACUACAUCGCUGUUGAUAAUACUUUCAAUAUUGAUGGUUUCCGAGCUGUUUCCGAUGAUGCAGAUGAAGGAUCCAACAGAUGGGAGCAAUACAACACUAGAAAAAUGCUCGUCUGUACAUUGACUUGUUACGACGGAACCUACGGAUAUGGCUCGUCGAAGGCCAUGUGCGAUCUUUCUACUGGAUUCUGGUACCCCAAACCAGGAAAAUGUAACGCGUUCGACGGGUACUCAACAAAAUGUUCUCAGCCAUAUGCCAACUACGGUUCUUACAAAUGCUCCAAGGUUUAUGGCGAGCCAAAACCAUACAGUGAAAAGCCAAAUACCUACUACUACGGUAAUGGUAUCAAGGCCACUUACCCAGCAGCCCAAGUUUACGGAACUUGUCCAUUGAAAACAAAUGUCAGUGGUGGUUUCGUCACUUGCGAGAAGCAGGGAUACGGAUACUUCUGUCAACUUAUGUGCAGCAACGGGUACCGACCAGCCACUAGCCAGACAUUCUCUGGAUGCUCCAACGGUAAAUUCUACGUCAACAAUUUCUACUGCCAGCCUGGUUAUUGUGACCCUACCGUUUACAAGCAAUCUUGCUAUGGCUACUCGAAAGGUGGUUACAACCCACCAUCAUAUGGUAGAAAACGGCGAGAGACAACUGAGCUUGUAAGUGACGCUCACGAUGAUCAAGGGGACUUUGGAAGCACAUGGUCCGAACCAAAUGCUGUUAUGGGUCGAUACAGUUCUAGCCAUUUAGUUUGUGACUUGAACUGCUCACCUGGCUACACCCCGCAAAAUGGACGAUGGGUUGCUAAGUGCGAUGAGACAUCCGGAAAGUGGCUCAGUCCACCAACUCACUGCUCUAAAUCUCACUACAACCCCAUGUGUAAUCAGAAGUAUGUGAACGGUGGUUACCUCAGUUGCGGUUACAAGAAACAAGGGACUGCUUACACAACCUCAUGCACGCUUCAUUGCUAUGACGGAUUCGUCCCACGAGAUCCUUAUCGAACAACUUACCAGUGCAACUAUGCUUCUGGUGCUUUUACUCCUCAACCGAUCGGCUGCAAGGUGAAGACUCUUCCAUCAUACCCAGAAUAUUGCAAAGAGCCUGCCCCCAUUCCAUAUGGACAGUGGAAGUGCUAUCUCCAAGAUUAUGAUGCCCCUUACCCAUCUUCAACAACACGAACUGAGGACUGGGAUUCUAUCAAGACUGAUCCAGCACCACCUCGAAAGGGAGCUAAAAAGAUUGGCCGAAGACGACGAGAAAUCAGUGGUGCUGAUUAUUACAGCGAUGAAGUUCAAGUCAUUGGCGAUCAGCUCGAAAACAAACAUACUAAGCUUUCCAAGAAGCAAAUGAGCCGCUCUUACAACUACGGCAAGCCACAGAACUACGUCUGCCUCGCAAACUGCGAUAAUGGAUAUGCAUUCUCCGGCUCGUACAUUGCUGUCUGCCGAGUUCCUACUGGGCAAUGGCUUCAGCCACCCGCUGCAUUCUGCAACAAACAGCCCCCAGCAAACAAAUACUGUUACCGACCUCAGGUCAACUAUGGUUACUACAUCUGCGAUGAAGAUCAAUACGCUGGCUACGGUAAUGUCCAUUAUGGCCUCCUCAGAUGUAAUCUUCGAUGCAACCCUGGUUACAGACCCGCUAACGGACGAUGGGAAGCACGAUGUGAUCAGAACAACGGUAUCUGGCAGAUUCCAGCAACCAACUGUGUCCCAGAAGUCGCUACUUGCCAGAAUGUUCCUUCUCUUGACAACGGUAAUGUGGAAUGCGAAGAUUACAUCGCCGCCGACACUAACUACAUGAAGUCCGAAAGUGACGACAGCGAAGAAGAAAAGGCACCAGUUGAGGCAGUCAAGACAACUGCUAAUCCUAAGUUUACUGUUCCAACUCCUGAUCCAAAAACGCUUGUCGGCGCUACCGGCGCUUGUGAGCUUUCUCCAGCUAUCAAUGAAGUCAAGGGUGGUGUUAUGGAUUGCCGAGAAUCUUCAAGCGGCCAAGUGCUUUGCAUGAUCAAGUGCGCAGAAAACUUCCGUCCAUGGCACGGAGAGCUUAUCAUCAUCUGCAGAGAUGGUGUUUAUUACAACCGAAAGAAUCCACUCCAAGUUCAAAAGAACAUGAAGUGCAAAGAAGCUCCUUGUGAUCCAGAGAAAUAUGGAAUUGCUUGCUUCAAUCACCCAAAGAACCGAGAACGACGAGAGGGAGAAUUCGAGCGAGCUCUCAAGACUGUUGAGCGACGAUCUGUUGAAGAAGAGCGCGGAAAGAAGAAAAAGAACCAAAAGAACGAGGACUACAACUCUGUCGGUUUCAGGCGAUGUACUGCCACCUGUAACAAUGGUUACGUUAUGCAGGGUUCCACAAUGGCUAUCUGUAAUAUGGACAGCGGAAUUUGGGAAGUCGUCCCAGGAACUUGCAUGGCUACUUAUGGUGGCCGCGAAACUGUCAGCUGUGUUGCUCCACAAGCUCUUGACAACGGCAAAUGGAAAUGUAAACUUACCACUAACGAAGCAGCUAUGCGUGGUGAAGAAUUCGUCUCGAUUUCUGAGGAAGAGGAGGAAGAGUUCAACAACUACAACAAACAAGCGAUGUCUCAAGUUGCUGAGCGAGGUCUUUGGGAUAUUGUGCCUGAUCAUGAAGAAAGCAGAAAGCGACGAUCUACCGAUGCCCAGUGGGGUAACCAACUUGCUCGAUUUGCGUCGACCACUUACCUCGUCUGCCAGAUGAAAUGUAACAGUGGAUUUGUUCCUAAACAGGCGAACUCUGUCAAGAUCGGCUGUCGACAAACAGAUACUGAAUGGAUCAAGCCUUACUCGAAGAGCGUCCACCGAUGUGUUCCUGAGCCACCACCACAACCACCAAAGAAAGAAAUCGUCGACCAGUGCCAGCGAAAACCUGGUAAAGUCAAGAACGGUGCGUAUAAGAACUGCGAGGAGAAAGAUGGCAAGAUCACGUGCCGACUUCAGUGCAAGGCUGGUCAUGUUCCAGAAGGCAAAGCAAAAUGGGCUUGCAAGGAUGGAGUCGUCACCAGUCCACCAACGCAGUGCGUAAAACUUCAGGCUCCAGAGAGACAAGCUGAUUGCCAGACACCUAAUGUCAAGAAUGGUCAAUACAUCUGCAACUGGAGUGUUGCUUGUAUCGACGAGACUCUUGGAAAGGAGUGUGUCAGAAAAUGCAAGCUUAAGUGUGACUCAGGCUUUGAACCACUUGAUGGUGCCAAGGACGCCGUGUGCGACCGAUCCUCAAAGACUUGGAUCAAACCAAUCAGUGUUUGCGUCCCAGAGAACUUCGAAAACGACGGAAGUGUUGUCAUUACUUCUCCUAAAGAAGUCGUCUGGAAAGCUGAAACCGAUGAUCUUACCGAAGCUGUCGCUGAAGUUGAAGCCACUCAAGCUCCAACUGAGGCUCCUACUGAAGCGCCCACUGAAGCCGCAACUGAAGCUGCUCCUGAAGAAGACCGAUCCGAGUUUGAUGAGUCUGCUGAUCGAGGAGAAAAGGGCAAAAAGAACAAAAAGAAGAAGGAUAAGAAAGCUAAAAAGGACAAGAAAAAGAAGGACAAAAAGAACAAGAAAAAGAAGGGUGGUGACGACUCUGAGAAGGAUCACCCUGACUGCGGCUGGGGAUAUGGAACCUGUCCACCAGUCAAGGGAAAGAAUGUCCAAGCUUGCUUACCAGAAUCGCCAAUCUAUGAUCAAGGCAAAGAGAAACUUACCGAGUCAGGCAAGGUCGGCUGGAACUGCCAAGGUGAUGGAGUCAGCGAAGGUACUCGCUGUUUCGCUAUCUGUGGACCUAGUGCCGUCCGAGCUAUGCAAGUCAGCCCAGAUUUCGAUUUGGAAUGUGGCUGCCGAAUGCGUAAAGAUGUCAACGGACAGAUCGCCAAAAUGUGCACAUGGAAGGGCAAGAUCAAGACUCAUUGCAACAGAAUGAUGUGUCCACCACUUCGACCAGUCAAGAAUGGCCAGUACAUUGCAACAAGCAAGGCUGAAAAGAAACAAAUGGCGCGUGCCCGACAAUUUUCCAAUGGCGAAAUUUCCCUCGCUCAGGCUGGCUCCAUCCUUCAAGCUCGAUGGGGUAAGGAGUUCAAGAGCUGCCCAACUGGAGUCGCUAUUCCCAAGACCAAGGUCGAAUGUACUCUUCAAUGUGAUGCCGGAUUUGUUCUCGGAAUCUCAAAAGAUGGAUCCAUCAAAAAGACCAACAGCCAAAAGGCCUCAUGCUCCUGUCAGCCAACUCCAAAUCGCGCUCCAGGCUAUGUCUGCAAGUGGGAACACAAGGCUGACGUUUGCGUCCUACCCUCAGAAACCGGCAAGCAAAACAAGAAGAAGAAGACCAAGGGUUAA